AUGACGAACGCAGAGGGAGAAGAGAAAGCUUUUGUUUGUCAGUCAGCAGAGCGCGCGGGGGAAAGAGGGUUUUUGGCCUUUGGGUUUUAUAAAGAAAGCGUCGGUAAAGCUGGUGGUGACAAAUGGAAAUCGCUGUCUGAUGCUGAAAAGGCCCCCUUCGUUGCUACGGCCGAAAAGAAGAAACAAGAGUAUGAGAAAACUAUUUUGGCUUACAAUAAGAAAUUGGAGGGGAAGAAUUCAGAGGAAGACGAGUCUGACAAGUCAAAGUCUGAAGUCAAUGACGAUGAGGAAGAUGAGGUAGAUUGA